UUCGCUCACCUCAUAACUUGAGAUCUUCGUAUCUGUCAGCUCCAGCUUGGCUUGAAUUGUGACACAACCCAAAAGCAAAAUGUCGGCGUCGCCAAAGCCUAAUUGUUUGUACUGCAGAACCAGUAAUCCGAAAUUCCGAUACCAGGACAUAUUUGAUGAAGUGGGCAUUGAAAUCGGCUUGUCGACAUUACUCUUUAAUCAUUUCCAGUUUGAAGUGAAGCAGAAAACAAAUGCAUCCCAAUUCCUAUGCGAGGUUUGCGUUAACACUCUGAUUAAAUUUUUUGAUAUUGCUGAACUCGAAAAGGAACGAAAUGAAGGUGAAAAGAAUAGUUCAGGAGAAUCACAAAAGAAGAAGCUUACGAUUGUGCCAAAGCCACAAGAGCCAGGGAAGCCGAAGGCGAAGAUUGCGAUUCUGCCCAAACCUAAAGCUGCCAGUUCGAGCAGGCCAGUGGUCCAUGUGGAAGCCCCAUCGGUGUCAGCGGCUGGUCGCACUUUACGGUCGGCCAACAAACAGUCUGUGUCCGCAACACAGAAAAGCAAUCCAGUUGGCGCAGCUGAAAUUAAGCCCGCAUCAGGAGAGUUUAUGCCAGUAGCGAACAAAAUCAAGCCAGUAGUGAAAAUAGUUGGAAAGAAAAAGAAAACUUCGGAGCAGGAGGAGAUCAAUGCUCUAAUGCAGAACAUUUUGUCCGAUGAGGAGCUGAGACCCGCUGAUGAUGUUGCAACUGAAAUCACGUCGGAUUCGGAAACGUCGCAGACCAUAGACGAAUCCAAAAUUGUGCUGGGCGCUGAAAUUUCGUAUAACGAGAUGGACAAGUUGGCGAUGCAAUCCAUGGAACUGUUGGACGAUGAUGAGGAGUUUAUAAACGCUUCGCAAUCGGGUAAUGAUACAGCCGAUGACGAUAAACUGGAUCCGAUGGACCUGGUGCCUAUAAAGAAAUCUGAUAAUGUUGGCGACUUGUACGAGUAUUUGGAGACGGUAGUCAAGACCGAGUUCGAAAAUUUGUUCUUUGAUUGGUCCACAGAGUGUCGUCACUGUCGACUUAAGUUUAGCACUUUUGAUCGUCUGUUGGCGCACAUGCAGAAGCAGCACAAAAAGAAACCGGAUAUCUACCAAUGUCCAAUUAGCGACUGUGAAGACUCCCUAAAGGGACAUAGGCGUUUGGCCAAGCAUCUAGUGUUGCGGCACGCACCCCUUCAUGACCUUCAGAUUUAUGGCAGUUGUCCGGAGUGCAAAAUGACUUUUUCGAAUUUUAUUACCUACAAUAAGCACUCGUGCGCUCACAUCUUUAAAAAGCGACGUGGCUUACGUUUGUACUGCAAAUUAUGUAACCAGGAGUUUCCGUCAUGGAAGCGAUACUCGUUCCACAAGCAAUUUCACAUGGAGAAGCACAGACCCAGAGCCUGCUUUAUAUGCAACAGUGUCGAUUACAAUCUGGAGGAGCUCUUUCGUCAUUUACACUAUGCCCACGAGCCGGAGGGUACGCUGUUCUGCGACUUAUGCGAUCGCACGUUCUGCGAUCAGACCAACUUUGACGAACAUAGGAGUGCGCACGCCAAUGUGGGCACAUUCCCGUGCUCCGAAUGCUCCCUCUGCUUUGAUACGCGCGGUCGUCUCACCGGUCACAUGCGAACCUCACAUGGCGAGCUUGUCACAUGUGACUUGUGCCCAAAAGAGUUCGCCUCUGAGGUGUCACUUAAUCUGCACGUGAAGACGCAUUUGAUUAUUGAGCGGCUGCUUCAUGUAUGCAGCAAAUGUGGUUUGCUGAGUGAAAAUCAAGAGAAGAUGCUGGCCCACUCUGAAAACGAGGAUGGCGGUCGCUGCUAUGGGGCUGAAGUGCUUUCGGUGAUGCUUCGCAGCGCCUUUGUGUGCGAGUAUUGCAUGUCGUAUUUUAGAACGAAGGGAGAAUUGAAAAAUCAUCGCGACACGGGCAUCCAUAAGGAUGGUCUUUACUGGUGCCAGCCCUGCUAUAAGGAGUUCUCAGACAUUAAACUCUACCGUCAUCAUUUGCGUCUGGCACAGGCAUCCGCCAACGACGUGGCACAUCGAAAACUAGAUAUUUCUCUUUACUACAUGUGCAACUAUAAGGACUGUCUCGUUUCGUAUAUAAAUUGGAACUCCUUGUACACACACAAGCGGCGCACGCACUUCGGUGGUAGACACGAUUCCCCGGCUUCCAAUUCUCCAGCUGAGACUGCCGAAUCAAAAAGCACUAAAUUGAAUUUAACGUGCCAAUUCUGCAAGAAGGAUUUUCGUACCAAAAUGUCUUUGGCCGUCCAUGUGGCGCGCAGUCAUAACAAUAAUAAUGUUACUUGCGAUCAGUGCAGUUCAUCCUACAAAGACGCUGAGGCACUCCAGAAGCAUGUUGAGUAUUGGCAUCAGUCGAUUGAGUGUCCAGUUUGCUAUAAAGUAGUCAAGAAUCGUCGCAAUUAUGAUACCCAUUUCAACGUCGUUCACUCAAAGAAUAAGCGCUAUAAUUGUGGCAAAUGCGAAAAGGGUUUCUAUCACAAGAGCGAACGGGAUGCACACGAAAAGCUGCACACCCAGUCCUUCAGAUGUGAUUUGUGUAACUUCACCACAAGAAAUAAAGCCUCAUUGGAUGUGCAUGUGCAGGGUCAGCAUCUGAAGAAGUUCUCGUUUCAAUGCGAAAUAUGUAAUAAAUGCUUCGGUCGCCGGCAGGGUCUCAAUGCGCACAUACAACGUGUGCACGGCAUUGGCCAUGUGUGUCGAGACUACUUCGAGAAGGGCUGCACCAAGUCGUUUUCAAGCAUGCAGCAAUUGAAUAUUCAUGUGCGAAAGGUUCAUCACAGCACCAUAUUGCUGACGGACGAAAUCAUCUUUAGUGAGGAUGAGGUAGAGGCAGAAGAACAACAAGAUGAGGAGCAACCGGCAAAGCGACGUUGUUUUAAAAUCGACGACACAAGCAUUGAGUUUAUAGGCAUAGAGGGUCAGAGCAACUCCACAGAUGGUAAGGAGUUUAAGGUCAGUGUUGAGGGUAAUUAACAAUUUUUAAAGCUCUAAAAUGUACCAUUUAUUUAUGUACUAUAUACAUAGAUGAAUGUAUAUAGUUCUACGAGUAUUUUAAAACAGAUGUGCCACUUUAAUUAUUGACGGCAUUACUUGAACAUCGCGGAUUGAACUUUUGAAGAUGAUUUAAAAAACAUUAUUUCAUUAAACAUUAAAUUCAAUAUUUCGCGUUAUCUCUUAAGUAAAACGAUGAAGAAUGUUGCAGGGCAUAUGCUAUAAUUAUUCAAUGAUUUAUUAAAGUAGUCGCUACUCAUAAUUUGAACACAAAACUGUCGCAUAGUGACAUAUUUGAUUUCCAUACAUACACGCAUACAUAACAAUUAUGUAUUUCAUAAUUAAGCUAAUUAAGUUGCGAAUAUCUAACCAGAGUCUGGUGGAAGCAAAUUUGAUUUGUUAAGCGUUGUUGUUUGGUCAUUUAAACUUUGUAGAUUAUGUGCUGAGCUUACCUGUAAGCAAGAAUGGUUAGUACUGAAUGAAUAUACAUAUAUGUAUACAUGUA